GCCGGGAGCUGCCUUGGAGCCACGCCCUGAAAGCUCUCAGCGGGAGUGUUAUAUUGUGUCACACGGAAGUUUGUUACGGGACAGGGAAGCAGAAUGGAGAGCGGGGCGUACGGGGCACCGAUAGCGGGAGGAAGCUUCAGUCUAGAGAACUUUCUCAAGCGGCCCGAGACCAUUCUGAGGAUUAUCAGCUGCGUCUUUGCUCUCAUUGUCUUUGCUUGCAUUGUAACGGAUGGUUACUCAAAUAGCCCGGGAGACAGCACGUUAUACUGUGUAUUCAAUAAGAACAAUGAUGCCUGCCACUAUGGGGUGGGCAUUGGGUUUCUGGCCUUCCUAGCGUGUAUCCUCUUCUUGUUUCUGGAUAUUUACCUGCAGACCCUGAGCAACGUCAACUACCGCAAAUACAUAGUGCUGGGUGACCUGGGCUUCUCUGCACUAUGGAGUUUCCUCUGGUUUGUGGGAUUCUGCUUCCUAGCGAAUCAGUGGGCAGUGACUGUCACAAGAGAUUUGACUGGAGGGGACAGUGCACGAGCAGCCAUUGCAUUCAGCUUCUUUUCCAUCCUAAGCUGGAUACCUCUUGCUGCCUUGGCAUACAAGAGGUACAAACACGGUGUCGAUUUCAAUCCAGAUUAUGUGGAUCCUACGGAGGAGACUUCCUCAUAUCCCAACUAUCCUACUGCCAGUGAUGAUUAUCAGAACCCACCCUUCACCAACAGCAAGGAGACAGGAGAGUAUCAGCCACCACCACUUUACUAAACAAGACACUUAUACUACCCAGACUAGGGUGGUCACAGAAGGAACAAUAAGCCAUUGAAACGUACACAAGUCUGAACACAAGAAACUUUUCUUUGAAUUGUCCAGAUCAGGCUCUGCUGAGAAUACUAAACGGCCUGCUUGCAACCUACAGUAUGAUAACUGUAGACUAGGAAAUUACAUUUCCUUUUCUAGAACAGUUAUCCUGUUUGGAUGCAGCUCCAUUGUGCGUUCCAUUCUGCAGUCUGGUUACUAGCUUAUACUUUUAUUGCACGCUCACGCACAGUGGAUAAUUCUUUUUUUUUUUUAUUCUUUUUAGUGGAAAAAUAUCUGGAUAGAAGAAAAUAUUCAGUGUGGUUACUUACUGGACAUUUAAGUGCCUUAAUAUGCUUAUAGGAGACAGAGAAACCACUUCUUGUGCUUAAAGGGAUACUGUCAUGGGAAAUCAUGUUUU